ACGGAAGGAAGGGUUGCAUAGGAUUCCGUCAAGCGGAUUAGGAACGAACCAAUUGCAGUGAGAUUUCACAGCAAACAAUCAAAGCUAGAUAAUGGUUGUGUGAUUGGGAUUUAUUAUUAUUAAAUAGGUGAUGGUAUCUGAGAGGAAACCAUCAAGCCUUUUGUUUUGUUUUGUAUUUCUUUACUCUAAAUAAAUAACAUUACAGUCCAUAAAAACAACCCAAGACAAACACAAAGCUAGCUAAAUAAUAAUAAAUCGGUAAUGGCCGAAGAAAAAAAAUCAGAGUUUCAGAAGAUGUUGGAGCUUCUUCAGAGAGAUAUAGAUGAAAACAGAUCAAGCAACACAGAGUCUCCUCCGAUGGCUGGCGAACUGCUCGCACCAAGACCAAGGGUCCAUGGCAUGUAUAGGGUCCCGGGUGUGCUUUAUGAACAAAACAGUGACUCCUAUCGUCCAAGCUGCGUAUCUAUUGGGCCUCUUUGGAGAGGAGAAGAACAUCUAAAGGAGAUGGAGGCGGUGAAAAAGAGGUAUAUGGGUGAGCUACUUGAGCGAAAUGGAACACUUGCGGCAACACUAGCAGAAUAUACGGAAGCUAUGUUCAACUUGAUGUCCCGUUUUAUGGAAUGCUAUUCCCAAAUUCUACGUUGGGAUUUCGAUUUAGAUUAUGCAAGAGACACGAUGUUAGAUGGUUGCUUCAUAAUUGAACUUCUUUACAAGAAUUACGUAAACAUGUCCGACCCAAUUUUGCAGAACCAUUUGAAGUACAAUCAGGUCAGACGUGACCUGCUAUUGCUCGAGAACCAGAUCCCCUUCUUCCUUCUUGAAGAAUUGUUCACGCUGACAGUGGAACCUAUCCAGAAGGAACCCAUAUGGUACAAACACAAAGAGAAACCGACAUUCAAAUACAGUGCAACAAAACUCCAUAGUAUGGGAGUUGAGUUUGGGCCAGGGAAGAGAGUAAGCCUAUUUGAUUUGAAAUUUACCACGGAUCGUCGUUGCUUUUGUUUGUGGAGAAGAGCCCAUUUCAAAAUCCCAGGUUUCUCUAUCAAUGAAUCUACUGAAUCACUUUUGAGAAACUUCAUUGCUUUCGAGCAUUCUUGUCCCGGUAUUGACAAGUACUUCACAUCUUAUGCUUUUGCCAUGACCAUCCUCUUGGACUCUACAGAAGAUGUUAAAUUGCUUGAAGAAGCCGGAGUCAUUAGAAACAAGUUGGGUUUCAGUGAAGCGGUGUCAGAACUCUUCAAGGAUAUUACCAGCAAUGAAAGCAUUAAUGUAAGAAAUCAAAAACUUCUUUAUAAGGAUAUGUGGAUGCAGGUGAUGGGUUUUUGCACACCUUGGCGACUAGCUCUUGCUAAUGCAACCACACAAAUGGCAGUAGCUGCUGUCAUUAUCCUGAAUCUCAUCACACUUUUGUCCUCCAUCUACACCGUGCUUUCUUAUUAUCGCAACUAGCAAGGUAACUAUUUCAUGUGUAUCAGCGUGUAUGUAGGACUACUAUUCCUUUCUUCCAACAAAUCCGUGUAAGUCAUUUAUGCACUGUCAUCUUUAUGCUUGUCAUUCACAUCUCUCUUUAUUGUAUGAUUCUCAUUAUCAUUAGUGUUUGAUAUCUUCCCCAAUCAUCUUGAAUUACUAUGAAGUCAAUCUUAAUAUUAC